AUGUGUUAUCUAUUGUGCAGCUAUCUGGCACGUCUGCGGAACGGUCAGAGAUCCCGCGAUGACUCUGACAAUGAUGCAACGCCGGCAACCCCCAUCGGCCAGCCUACGUCCAAGACAGCCGAGACCAACAACGCACUUCCGCGCGACCAGUCUCCUUCCCCGGCAGACCCGGAGAUUAAGAAUCCCAUCCACGAGCCGCGACGCAUCUUCCAGCUGGACCCGGCAUCGCGACAGCAAUUCGUCGGGGAGUCAACAAGCUGGGCCUUCAGUGACCGCCUGCUGCACACGUUGAACCCCCAGCCCGGUUCGGGCUCGGGCGUUCUUGACCACCGCUAUGUCAACGAUGUCGUCUUCUCUAGACAGAUGAAUCAGGAUGGUGGCGUGAAGCUCCCGGGACGCAUCCGCGCGAAUCUGCUCGUGCGCAUCGCCCUCAGCUUCAUCGGCCAAGACUAUCAUUUCUUCAUACACAAGGACUUCCUUCAGCAGCUCCAUUUGGCUUACGACCCGGCGACUUCGUCCGACGCAGCGGGUGGGUUCCAGCCGCCCCUGGGUACGUCCUGGGUAUGCAAGCUCUACGUCGUCCUUGCGUUGGGUGAGCUGUACUCCAAUGUCAUGUCGACUUGCACGUCCGACCAGGCCACCCCGGCAGUCCCCGGGACGGAAUACUUCAAGGCUGCUGUCCGGCUGUUGCAAGAUACAUUCGAGGAGCCAUCCGUGACGCAGAUUGAGAUAAUGCUAUUAUUCUGCUUUUACUCCAACGCCCUAGGGAGAUGUAAAUCAGCCCACAUGUAUAGUGGAAUGGCGAUGCGUAUGAGUACUUGCCUCGGCCUCCAUCGACGCAUCCUUGACGGCCACAACCUGUCUCUGACUGAGAGGGAGCAUCGUAUCCGCCUUUGGUGGACGGUAUACGUCUUCGAAAGAUCGACGUGUUCCAAGCUCGGCCAGCCGUUGACGAUACAAGACACGGAAAUCGACGUCGAGAUGCCCUCCGGCGACCCGUCCUCUGGCGCCCCCAAGCAUGAACUGGGCCUGGCGGAGCACCUAACUGCCCACGUAAAUCUGGCGCGCAUCACGGGGCUCAUCAUGACCGACAUCUACUCGCCGGCGUCGGUGGCCAACAGAGACAAGUUCGUACCGAGCACGCGGUCCAUCCUGCAGAGGCUGAGGAGAUGGGACGCAGAAGCACCGGCAAGUCUGCGGUGGAGGCCGGAAGGGCGCGAUCCACGACCGGUUGCCUCUUUGCAGCUCUUCUUCAACCAGUGCAUCAUCUUGACCACGCGGCCGAUCCUCCUCUACAUUCUCAAAGUGAGGAACCCCUUUACCGGAAGCAACGGGGCCAUGCUCUCAACUCGGGAGAAGGCUUCCAUCCCUCAAGUUCCUAUAUCAGACACGACGAGGUCUCUGGCCGACUCCUGUAUCUCGGCAGCUCGCAUGUCAAAUUCCAUCAUCUCGCAGCUAUUCGUCCAGAGCAUGCUGGCCAUCUGCGGCUACUUCGACGCCUACCAUCUCUUCUCGUCGACGCUGGUCCUCAUCAUAUCGGCCAUCACGUCGCCCAACUCUGCAGACUCGGAUGCCGUCCAGACGGCUUUCCAACUCCUCAUGAUCAUGCGGGAUAACGGAAACGUGUCCGCCGGCGAGUACUUCUCCCGCCUUGCCCAGAUACAGCUUUCCGUCAACAAACAGUUCUCCCGGAGUCGGAGCGCUCCCGAGACAAGUAGGAACACACCUGCAGCGGCCCCGACAUCUACCGAGGUGACCGAGACGGCACCGGUCGACUUGGAAAAUACCGAGUCACCGAUCUCUUCGUCCUCUGAGGAUAUGGACCUGGUCAAUGUGGACUGGGGCAGGUUCUUGAUGCCGGACUCGCUGGGGGAGGCAGGGGCUGGUGGUGUCAUCACUGCCGAUCCCUUGGAUGAUCCUAUCCUGCAGGCCUUUUUGGAUAACGCAGAUGUAACUAUGGAUGAGGCUUUUGUACCGACAGCGGAGGACAUGGGGUUGGUAUGGUGA